UUGCUGUGUCAAGUCAGUAUGUAACGCGGCAAAUACGUUGUGUGCAUUGUGGGGGAUGGUUGUGCAUCGUACUUUGCCAUUUGGUUUGUAAAUUUUGACGUUGGCAGGAUGAUUUCGUAACUUCUACAAGAAUUAACUUUGGAUAUUGUUAAUUCUUCAGAGCUAUUGCAAAUUACGAGUGAGUUCAGUCGCGAUGCUUUGUAGAAUCGCGGGAAGUGUUUUAGGAUUCAUAAAAAGUGCAAGUGCAGAAAUCAGUCGAAUAUAGAUUAAAUAUUCACCUACGUUGCCAUGAUUAGAAGGGUUGUGACUUAUUCGGCUCUAGCUGCCGGAGCCUUGGGGACGGGUUUAAGUCUUCAUGCGAACGACUAUGACGUAAACUCAUUAGGUAUAGUGCGGUUAGGUAGAGCAGCAGCCACUGUAUAUGAUAUUGGGAUAACUUAUAAAACUGAACUAUUUUACCGGGAAUGGGAUAAAACGACUGAUGAAUAUAAAUCGGAAAAAAGUCGUGUCCAUAAAAUAGCAGCAAGUAAACUCCUGGAUUUGAUCUGUGCAAAUAAAGGAGUUUAUAUAAAAGUUGGUCAACAUAUUGGCGCUCUGGACUAUCUUCUGCCUGCGGAGUUCGUACAAACCAUGAAAGUUCUACACAAUGACGCGCCCAGCAAUCCCAUUGAAGAUUUAUACAAAGUGAUAAAACAAGAUCUAAAGAAAAAUCCUGAUGAAAUAUUCGAAAGCUUCGAACGGGAACCACUAGGUACAGCGUCAUUGGCACAAGUGCAUAAGGCCAAAUUGAAAACUGGUGAAAUUGUGGCUGUGAAGGUGCAGCAUCCAUAUGUACGAGGGAACUCUCUGGUGGACAUGAAGACUAUGGAGUAUCUGGUGAAACUGAUGUCAUUUGUAUUUCCUGAAUUCAAAAUACAAUGGCUUGUAGAUGAAUCUAAGAAGAAUUUGCCGAUAGAGUUAGAUUUUUUGAAUGAAGGUCGCAACGCUGAAAAGAUCGCAAAAAUAUUCAAAAACUACAAGUGGCUAAAAAUACCAAAAAUAUAUUGGGAACAUUCAACGAAACGCGUGCUAGUCAUGGAAUACCUGGAUGGUGGUCACGUAACCGAUUUAAACUACAUCAAGGAAAAUAAGAUCGACACGCAUGAGGUGUCGAAUAAAAUUGGACGUCUUUAUUCGGAUAUGAUUUUCAUUCAUGGAUUCGUUCACAGCGACCCGCAUCCGGGCAAUAUUUUAGUAAAGAAAGAUCCUGCAACAUCAAAAACUGAUAUCGUUCUCCUUGACCAUGGACUCUACGCUAAUUUAACGGACAAGUUCCGAUAUGAAUACUCGAAGCUAUGGUUGAGCAUAUUGCGCGUCGAUCGCAAUGCAAUGCGCCUGCAUGCAACGAAUUUAGGAAUACAGGACAAUUUAUAUGGGCUGCUCGCUUGUAUGGUGACAGGUCGAUCUUGGGAUAGUAUUUUAUCGGGAGUUGACAAAACAAAGUACACAUCAGCUGAGAAAGACAUUGUGCAGAACAAUUCGAAAGUGGUCCUACCACGUAUUGCCGAUGUUUUAGAACAAGUCAAUCGACAAAUGUUGCUCAUUCUGAAAACAAACGACUUGAUACGUGGCAUCGAAACGACGCUAGGUACUCACAAUCGAAUGACAGCAUUCUGGGUUAUGUCGAAAUGUUGUGUUCGGUCUGUUUACGAUGAGGAGAAAAAGAAACGACCAGCCAGAUUGUCGAAAAUUAGCUCUACGCUUCGGGAAAAUUGGGAAAUAUUUAAGUUGAACAUUUACUAUCUAUAUUUGAGUAUAGUGAAUUUGACAGGGCUUAGUGCACUGAAACGAUGAAGGAGAGAUGGACAGAAUGUACGGAUAAAGAGGACUGGAUCCAGGAAAUUGUCAAGUACAAAAUUCAUUUCGUAAAAGAAAGUUACCAAAAAAGUGUGCAUAAAUGCUUAUUAAGAAAAAUACUAUCUAUUUGGAAGAAAAUAAUUGUAUGGUGCUUAAAAAAAAUCAAAAUCAAGGAUAUAUUUUAUAUGUGUAGCUUCAUGAACUUGCGGAAUUUCUGUGAAUCUAAAAUACAUUGCAAAUGACCAUGACCCCGAA